AUGAGUCAACUGGCACCAUUGGCAAGCGUUUGUCCAGCAUCGGCGUGGCCAAUGAUGAGUCCAACCGGAGGGCUUACCGCGAACUUCUUUUCACCACCCCUGGUGCCCUUGACUGCCUCAGUGGAGUUAUCCUCUUCGAGGAAACUCUCAAACAAACGACUGCUGAUGGAUCUUGACGACCUCGCCAAGCGCUGUCAGGAUUAUUACAAGGACGGCUCCAGAUUCGCCAAGUGGUGUGCCGUGCUCAAGAUUGGAGCCAAUGAACCAUCCCAGCUCGCUAUCAAUGAGAAUGCUAAUGGAUUGGCCCGAUAUGCCAUCAUCUGCCAGCAGAAUGGUCUGGUGCCAAUUGUUGAGCCUGAGGUCCUUGUGGACGGGCCUCAUGACAUCGACAAGUGUGCUGAAGUGACCGAGCGCGUGCUUGCUGCGUGUUACAAGGCAUUGAACGAUCACCAUGUCCUUUUGGAGGGUACUCUGUUGAAGCCCAACAUGGUGACUCCUGGAUCCGAUGCUGCCCAGAAGGCUACUCCUGAAAAGAUUGCUGAGUACACGGUCCGGGCAUUGCAGCGCACUGUGCCUCCUGCUGUCCCUGCCGUGGUGUUCUUGUCUGGUGGCCAGAGCGAGGAGGAAGCUACAGUCAACCUCAAUGCUAUGAACAAGCUUGAGACCAAGAAGCCAUGGUCAUUGACUUUCUCCUUUGGACGUGCAUUGCAGCAGAGCACCCUCAAGGCUUGGGCUGGAAAGGAGGAGAAAAUCAAAAAGGCUCAGGAUGCAUUAUUUGCUAGGUGCAAAGCCAACUCUGAUGCCACUCGGGGAAAGUACGUCCAGGGUUCUACCUCAUUGACCCCGGAUGCUACCAAAAGCCUCCACAAGAAGGACUACACGUACUAA